CUAUGGUAAUACGGCUCCAGCAGGACAGGUAGGGGGUGAGACUGAUCUCCACUGGGUCAGGGGUCACACUGCCUACGUCACAAGCUCCUAAGAUGGCGUUUUGAUGACGACGGGAGAAGUAAGGACCCCUGCCCUUGUUUACAAGUGACAUCAAUGCAAAACAUCAAGGGUAGGCGAUGGAGCUCCCCAACUACGCCAGUCAGCUGCUUAUCCAGCUCAAUCAGCAGCGCUCCAAGGGCUUCCUGUGCGAUGUCAUUAUCAUGGUCGAGAACACGCUCUUCCGGGCCCACAAAAGUGUCCUCGCUGCCACCAGCCACUACUUCAAGUCCCUUGUCCUCCAUGAUAACCUCAUCCACCUUGACCCUGACAUGGUGGAUCCAGUUGUUUUCCAACAAAUUCUGGAUUUCAUUUACACCGGCAAGUUGGCAGCUGAGACCUUUGAGGGUGUGGAUUUAAGCUCUGUGCUCACCACAGCUAACUUUCUCCAGCUCAAUGACCUGGCAAACCUGUGCUCCAGUAAGAUCAACCAAAAUGGGUCCCUCGGUAGCGUGAAUCGAGGCAGCUCCAACUCAUCAGUUCGCCUGUACGAAGACCACUCAUCAGACACGGAAACAUACAUGUGCAUGACUCCUCCCAAAAAACGGCAUAAUGCUGAAAGUAGAUUUCAGAGAAAAAAGCAGGACUUAGGGUUGGAUUUGUCUAGGAAAACUUCAGUUAAUGACGAGGCGCUUCUCUCCAGAAACAUCUCCAACAAUAUGCCACUGGGAAUAAAUGGGAACUGUGUUCCAAAGGAAGAAAAGUGGAUAAUUCCUUUAGACGGACCACAGGAAAGAAAAAGGCAGGGAUCCCGAAGAAAAUCCAAGGUCAGUGGUUACAUUCCUGGAAGCCAACUAAGCCAGAAUCAGACCUUCACUUUACAGUUAUCUGUGAAGAAAGAGAAAGGAAUUGGAGGGAAAACAGAUGAAAUUGACGGCCAAAAACCAAACAAUGGCAGCACCAAUUUUGUUUAUCAAAAGGAGACCUUUCUCAAAGAAGCUGAAGGGGACAACCCUUACGUUUGUAUCCCAUGUGAAAAGGGUUUUCCCUCCUCUGAGAGUCUCAAAUCCCAUGUGGAAAGCCAUUUGGAUGACGAUGUGGAUGUGAAGGUUGAGGAUGAGGAGGAAGAGGAACGUGACAGAGAGCCUGGAGUCACCAGAGUCUCACCAGAAGUUCCCGAGAGCUUGGAGCAGAGUCCGGUGAAGUCCCUCAAAGAUGUCGACACCGUGCGUCCCUUCCCUUGCAACAUUUGCGGCAAGAUGUUCACGCAGCGCGGCACUAUGACCCGCCACAUGCGCAGCCACCUCGGUCUAAAGCCAUUUGCGUGUGAGGAGUGUGGCAUGCGCUUCACCAGGCAGUACCGUCUCACUGAGCACAUGCGUGUCCAUUCAGGGGAGAAACCGUAUAAGUGCCAGGUCUGUGGUGGAAAAUUUACGCAACAAAGAAACCUCAUUAGUCAUAUGCGGAUGCAUACCUCGGUAUCUUAGAACAGGUCAAAAAGCCCUGCACUAGGAUAAUAUAGGUACCCACAGUUCUCCAUAGUGCUUUGGUUCGGGUUCUUUUAACUAGGGUUCAGUUUCCCAGAACACUAUAAAAAUUCCUUUAGGUCUUCUUUACAGGGGAUCCUUUUUUGAGCAAGCGAAGGGUUUAGUUUCACCCACAAAUCUUCUACAAUUCUUUAAAGAGUCAUAUAGGUUAAAAAGGAAACCUCUCUAGUAUAAUUGAGGGCUCAUGUGUCAAACUCCGGACUUGGAAGGCCACUGUCGUGCUGAGUGUAGCUCCAAAACACCUGCCUGGAAGUUUCUGGCAAUCUCUAAUACCUUGAUUAGCUUGUUCAGGUGUGUUUAAUUAGGGUUGGAGCUAAACUCUGCAGAACAGUGGCCCUCCAGGAACUAAUUUGACACCCCUAAUCUAGGGUACUAUUUUGGCAACAAAUCCUACAAAGAUUCCACUCGAUCAGGGCUAGGCAACGUCUUACCCUAAUCAAACAUACCUGAACAAGCUAAUCAAGGUCUUCAGGGUUCACUAAGGCUACAGACAAGUGAGGUUUUUUUCAGGGUAAGAGCUAGACUCUGUGGGGCAUCAGCACUCCAAGACCGAUGUUGCCUACCCCUGCUUUAGAUUUUCUCCACAGAGUUUACUUAUUGGGUUAUUUAAAGGCUCAGUUCAGGCCACAACUCCUCUAGAAUGCUACAAAAAUAUGUUAAGACCUUCUCUACAGCGAUUUCCUUUUUGAGCAGAUCUUGGGUUCACUUUCACCCACAAAUCCUUGGAAAUAUUACAGAGAUUCUUCUAGCUCAACAUGAAAGCCUCUGAAGAUCUCUUCUC